AGCUCAACUUCUCUUACGGCAGUUUGUGCUCUCGUUCAAGUCCGGCACUUCUCGCUGAGGUAAGGGAGUUGAACGUUGAAAAGCGCAGAAAGGUGUGGUGAGGACUAGUAGGUACACCAUGAUAGAAGUUGUGUGCAAUGACCGCUUGGGCAAGAAGGUGCGAGUCAAGUGCAACCCAGAUGACACCGUUGGCGAUCUGAAGAAACUUAUCGCUGCCCAGACGGGCACCAGAUGGGACAAAAUUGUUUUAAAGAAAUGGUACACGAUAUUCAAGGACCAUGUCACUCUGGAGGACUAUGAAAUCCACGACGGGAUGAAUCUGGAGCUCUACUACCAGUGACGGGAGCGCAGACCCAGUGACAUGACACCACAGGGACACACAGUCCUUUCUGUGUGAUGCAUCAUACUAAAUUCCUGAUGGCAAUUUUCUUGUUCUGCUUCAUUGUUUUCUUUUGAUAUGUGAACAUU